AUGGCGAUCGAGGUCGCCCACAAUCCCCUUAUUUCUAACCAGAAAUCUACAGACAGCGGACUCCAGGUAGCGCUUCAUCCUCUAGUGCUUCUCACAAUAUCCGAUUACAUUACAAGGCAUACUCUUCGACAGCAGACUGGUCCGAUAGUGGGAGCUCUGCUGGGGGAGCAGAAUGGUAGAGAAAUUACAAUCGAACAUGCAUUUGAUUGCCGCCUUGUGGAGGUAGAAGGCGAUAUUGUCCUGCACAAGGCAUGGUUCGAAGAAAGACUACAGCAGAUAAAGGAUGUACACAAAGUACCAGCUCUUGAUCUGGUAGGUUGGUAUACCAUAUUACCUACAUCAGGUCCCCAACCUGCCCAUCUUCCAGUUCAUCGACAGAUCCUAAACGAGUUCAACGAAUCGGCAAUUCUUCUUGGAUUUCAUCCAUCAGCAGUCGUUGAUGGACCAGUUGGGGGCAAGCUGCCUAUCACGAUCUACGAGAGUAAUUACGAAGCGGAGGAGAUAACACCCGAUGGAGGAGAGGACAAGGAAAUGACAGAUGGGGAGCCACUACUGGGUCUGCGAUUUAAGGAGCUUCCAUAUACCAUUGAAACAGGGGAGGCUGAGAUGAUCGGUAUCGAUUUUGUAGCUCGAGGAGGCGGUAAUGCAACAGCUGUGGAUGGAACCGUUGCUGUCGAGAAGCCCGCAUCAUCCCCAGAGAAACCCAAGGGCAAAGGGACGAUACGUGCUGCGAAAAAGUCAGACGACCAAGAAGUCGGAGCUUCGAAGAGCGAGGAUCAGCACAUCCUGUCUCGUGAAGAUGAAGAAUUAAUUGCGUCUUUGACCACCAAGGCAAAUGCGAUUAAGAUGCUACGAAGUCGGAUCGACCUGAUAUCGGUCUACCUUCGGAAUCUGCCGCCUUCAUACAUAUCGAGUUCGGUCCCAGAAGGAGUUGAGCCGGACGAUCAAAAGUACACCCCUGUCAACCACUCUGUCCUCCGUUCCAUCCAAGCGCUACUCACCCGUCUAAGCCUGCUUAUUCCUGCAGACAGUGCCGCUUUCGAACAGGAGCUAUUAUCCGAGCAGAACGACGUCAACUUAGUGUCCUUACUGAGCACCAUAACCAACAGCAUUAAAGACGUUAGAGAAAUUGGGAAGAAGUCCGCCGUCAUCGAAGCCGGAAAGAGCAGUAAAAAUAAAGGCAGUCAGGGAAUAUGGGAUGGGCAAGGCUCUGGAGUCUCAGGCGUUGGUGACUUGCUUUCUUGA